UCCGCUCCGCGCCCCGGACGCCGCUGCAGAUCCCGUCUGUGAGGGAGAAACUGCUGCGGCGCGCAGUGCUGGUUAAUGGGGAAUAUCCAGAGUCCAAGGAGCUGGGGAAGGAAGAACAGUUUAGGACCAAGCAUGGUAAUGGAUGAGCACAGCUUGAUGGUCCCCAUCAAUAAAGAUGCCUAUGAAGUUCUUAAGAAAAGAAAGGACUGUCUAAGUGAUCUCAUUUACAGAAAGUUUGCUUGUACAUUGACCUUUGAAAGGGCAGCAUGUGCUGUUGAAGUAUACAGGAAAAAAUUAAAGCAAGGAAUUGACAUUUGUGUUUGUAAGGAUGAUCUCACAAGACACAAGGUUGAUGCUCUGGUGAAUGCAGCCAAUGAACGCCUACAACAUGGAGGAGGCCUUGCUUUAGCUCUUGUGAAUGCUGGAGGGCCAGAAAUACAAAGGCAAUGCAACCUUCAUAUUCAAAACUAUGGAAGACUCUCCACCGGUGAAAUAGCAGUGACAGGUGGAGGGAAGCUUCCUUGUAAGGAAAUUAUUCACGUAGUGGGUCCGAGGUGGUCUCUUUCUGAGAAGGAAAAAUGUUACUAUCUACUUCAGGAAGCUAUUGUGAAUGUUCUGAAGCAUGUUAGUGCUCCAGAAAGUACUAUAAAGUCAGUGGCUAUCCCAGCAGUGAGUUCAGGUAUUUUUGGCUUCCCACUCCGUUUGUGCGCUCGAGUGAUUGUAAUUACAAUAAAAGAAUUUGUUGAAGCAAGUCCACCAAGCUCUCUCCGGGAAAUCCGCCUGGUGAACAUUCAUGAGCCUACAGUUGCAGAAAUGAAGAAGGCCUGUGAAGAGUUUCUGGAUGGUAGCAGUUCACUUCAAGAAACUCCUUCAGCUUCACCAAGCCAGCUUCCAACUUUCAUCAGACACAGAGGCAUUCGCUUGUGCAUUGUAAAAGGACUCCUUGAAGAGCAGAAGACUGACAUUGUUGUUAACUACCUGUCUGUGUGUGGCAAGCCUGACUCUCCUGUUUCAAAAAGACUGCUGGAAAAGGCGGGUUCAGAUCUUCAGGACUACCUUAAGAAUCAUUUUGGACAUUCAUCAUCCUUUGCAGAAAUCAUAGCAACAAAAGAGCAUAAUCUGCCCUGUAAGGUGGUACUGCAUGUUGUACAGCAGCCUUACAAGCACAGUAUGUUACUGCGUGAGGAAUUAAGAGAUGCAGUGAAAAAAUGCUUGUGGUACUUAAAGGACUGGACAUAUUCCUCGCUUUCUUUUCCAGCAAAUGGGAAAUGGUUGUCAGUGCUGCCUGCUGCUACAGUGGCAGAGAUCAUGAUGGAAGCAGUUUUAGAUUUUGCCAUGGAACACCCUGAGAAGAAUAUGGAUGUUCAGUUUGUUUUUUGCCCAGAUGACUGUGAAGCCUAUGAGGUUUUCCAGGAAAAAAUGGAUUCAACAGCAAAGAAACUGGAAAAAGAGCAAUAUUACAACAGAAGUGAUCAUUUCAGUACCACAUCAGGCAGUCAGGGUGCAAUAGUGAUUGCAAAUAAUAAACUGGCUCUUGAACUUAAAGGGAACACACAAACAGCAUUGGAAGCAGCGGAGUUGUGGAUCCAAAGCAUGGUACAAAUUUGUGAAAGUCACUGUGCUGUUAUUGAAAACAACUACAUUUUUACCCUUGGUAGACAAGAGUUUGCAGAACUGUCUCAAAAGCAGCACAUGAGUGUAUGUGUAUCAGAAGAGGUGAGAGGUGGAAAAGCAAGACUGAAAUUUCAAGGCCCUCCUGACGCUGUUAUUGAUGCAGUGCUUGCAACUGAAAAAUUACUACUUCGUAUGCAAGAGAAGAGCACAGCCAAGCAAGAGGAACUGCUGCACUUAGUGGGCCAAUCAGAGGCAGGUCAACUUACAGAAGGACAGCUUCACAAGACAAAUACUAAAGGCAUCCAGAUUUCACUGGUGGAACCACACCUUCAGGAGUUUAAAGACAGGCAGAAACAGUUUGAAAAAGUUGGACUUCGUGUUCUCAAGAUUGAAAAGAUACAGAAUCCCCUUUUAUCUGCUGCAUUCCAACAUAUGAAAAAAAGACUAGAAGAACAAGGUACCUCCAAGAUAGCCCAUAAGUUGUACCAGCAUGUUCCUGCUCAGUUCUGUAGCUCAGUGUGCCAAACAGGAUUUCAUAGGAUGUACUCUCCACCAACAGAACAAAAAUACGGAGCUGGCAUCUACUUUAAAAGGAACCCGAAAAGCCUAAUUGAGGGUAAAGAUAUUUUUGAAUCUGACCCCAAAAUGUAUGUGUUUGAGGCUGAUGUUUUAACGGGCUUAUACACUACAGGCAAGCAGUCUUAUAUCAUGCCACCAGCAGUGGAAGGGGAUGCCUCUAAGGUAUAUGACAGCCUAGUAGAUAAUGUAAACAAUCCUGACACUUUUGUCAUUUUCAACAGUAUUGGGGCCCUUCCACAAUAUCUGCUGACUUGUCUCCAAGUGAGGGAGAGUUAUAAGGCCUCUGAGCAAACCAGCAGCAUGCUAACAAUUUAUCAGUAAUGUUGCAGCUAUUGUGAGGACCCCCUCAGAAAAAGUCGAGUAAUUAAAAUCUAAGAGGAUGGUCUACCUAUUAACUCACUGUGAUCCAAGUGCCUCUAUAUCCAUGAACAAAUAAAGGCAGUACCGUAAGGAGAGUAGAAGAAAAUUAUCUGUGGGUGGGAACAGAAGGGAAAAUAUCACAAAAUAUAGUUUAACAUUUAUGCCUUCAAAUGUUCUGAGUGUGUGACUAUACAGUCACUGUUUGCCUAUGCUGUUAUUCUUUCAUUACAUCUUCUUAAUCUGAGAUAUUGUAUAUGUUAAUGAAACCUAAGAAAUCUGGGCUAUGCCUUUGAUUCUAUGAUUUUUACUUAAAUGGGUGAAUGUAUUAGGGGAAAACCAUGUCCCACUAAGGGACAUGUUAUUAAAUACACAGUUAUGACAAAUGUGAAUUCUAGCAGUAAUUGCUGUUGUACCUUUUAUUAGUUAAGUAUUUACAAUGUUUGUAAUAUCUUGUAUUCAAAAUAAAUAAUGAAUUUUA